AUGAGAGGUCCUAUCAUGGACAUGACUUCCAUAACCCCAAUCUCGUCUUUUCGCCCCACCCUUGAUGUUGAACAAGGCUCUCAAUCUUCGUCAAGUAACUCUCCAGUGCAACAAUAUUACGAAGAAUCUGAUUUCUACGCCGGUAAUAACGAUUCUCAAUCCUCUCUUGGAGUCGCAAUUACGUCACAGGGCCCUACAAUGCCAGAACCAUUGUGUUCUCCUGCAAAUAGACUGCCUGCCGAGGUAUUAAUCGGUAUUUUCUCUAAACUCAGUCAUCAACAAGACUUGCUCAACUGUAUGCGGGUUUCGAAACGAUGGGCUCGGAAUAGUGUAGAUCAGCUGUGGCACAGACCUGCCUGUACAACUUGGGCUAAACAUAGCUCAAUUUGUAGAACGCUUUCUCUUCCAAAUCCAUAUUUUUUAUAUCGAAAUUUUAUUAAACGUUUAAAUCUUGCUGGGCUAGCUGAAGGAGUAAAUGAUGGUAGUGUUUUGCCAUUAGCUGUUUGCAAUCGGGUAGAGAGACUCACAUUAACCGGUUGCGAGGGACUAUCAGACAAUGGACUCAUGAGUUUACUAGAUGGGAACCAGCACUUACUGGCUUUAGAUAUUUCAGGAGACCUCCAGAUUACUGAACGCUCCAUGGAAGUACUCGCCAAAAACUGUCCCCGAUUACAAGGUCUAAACAUAACUGGCUGCAUUAGAAUUUCUUCGACAUCGAUGGCACUUGUGGCAGAUAAGUGCCGGUAUAUCAAAAGGCUGAAACUAAACGAUUGCAAUCAACUCGAUGACACGGCAAUUAUCGAAUUUGCAAAGAAAUGCCCUCACAUUCUUGAGAUCGAUCUCCAUCAAUGCAAAAACAUAGGCAACGAAUCUGUCACUGCUCUCCUUCAAAACGGGAAAUCACUACGUGAACUACGACUUGCAAAUUGUGACCUUAUCUCUGAUUCCGCCUUUUUAUCUUUGCCUAUCGAUCGUAAAUACGAAAACUUGCGAAUCCUAGACCUCACAUUUUGUGCUCGUCUUACGGAUCGUGCAGUAGAGAAAAUUAUAAAAGUAGCACCCAGACUUCGAAAUGUUGUAUUUGCCAAGUGUAGGCUAUUAACUGAUGUUGCUAUCGACGCAAUUAGUAGUCUUGGGAAGAAUUUACAUUACCUACACCUCGGACAUUGCGUUCAAAUCACUGACAAGUCCAUCAUAAAUCUUGUCGCCUCUUGCAACCGCAUUCGUUACAUAGAUCUAGGUUGUUGCACCCACUUGACCGACAUUUCAAUAGCUAAACUAGCAUCAUUACCAAAACUAAGAAGAAUUGGGCUUGUUAAGUGUAAUGCGAUAACAGACGCAAGCGUUAUUGCCUUGGCGCGAGGUUCUCGAUUUGAGUCUCAGCACCAAUCAGAAGCAUCUAAGCAAUCUGGGCUAGGAUCUCAAAGCUGGAUAAACCCGAUGAAUGCAUUCUUAGAAGAGAACCCAUUAAGUUCUAGUAGUUUGGAAAGAGUCCACCUCAGCUACUGUACUAAUUUGACAUUGGGUAGCAUCAUAUACCUUCUGAACAAUUGCGUCAAGCUCACUCACUUGAGCUUAACUGGAGUACAGGCGUUUCUACGAAAUGAUCUAGAACAAUUCUGUCGGGACGCACCACCAGAGUUCACGGAGCAUCAGAGAAACGUAUUUUGUGUGUUCUCUGGCCAGGGAGUCGUAGCUCUUCGGAAAUACCUCAACAGUCUCGCCAAUACCUCCGUUGCCGAUAUCAUAAAUGUUGAUGAGGAUGAGAACGGCUCUACUAUGGUCGAGGAUCUUCCUACACACAAUAGAAGGAGUACAAACUAUGCUGCAUUGGCUAUUCCGCGUGUCUUAAUUUAUGAUGGCGACCGCGAUCAUGAGCAUGAAGAGAGCGGUAUCGCACUUAACGAAAACUUCUACAGUGGUGGGAGAUAG